AUUGUCUCCCGGAGCCGAUUUGCAACAAUACAAUGCUACGAUACAGUUUCCUCUGGUCGCAUCACCCUUUGCAGUGGCGGUGGUGGUGCCACUGCCGUCUCCUCCUCCUCCCGCCUCCGUGAUCUCGUUUUUGUCGUGAACCCUCAAGGAGCUAAUGGUAGAACAGCUCAGAAAUGGAAUAAGUUGCUUCCUUACCUUCGAUCUCGUCUUUGUGGAGACUGUAAUAUAUGUGAGUCCUUAACAUCUGGUCCUUCUCAUGCCAUUGACAUUACAAGAGAGGCUAUUAGGGAUGGUGCAGAUGAUGUCAUUGCUGUUGGAGGUGAUGGAACAUUGCAUGAGGUUGUUAAUGGUUUCUUUUGGGAGGGGAAACCUGUUGGUAACCUCAAUAGCGAAGCUGCCCAUUCGGCUGCACUUGGUGUGAUCCCGUUAGUUACUGGUUCGGAUUUUGCUAGGACAUUUGGUUGGAAAAAUGAUCCUCGUGAAGCUGUGGAGCGCAUUGCUAAAGGGAUACGAUCACGGGUUGAUGUUGGUGUUAUCAACCAGGAAGGAAAGGAUUCGCAUUACUUCAUUAACGUUGCUGAUGUUCAUCUGAGUGCAAAGGCAGGCUUUUACGCUUCAAAGUACAAGAAAUUUGGAAACUUGUGCUACGUAAUCGGUGCCCUCCAAGCUUUUAUGGGACAUCACAACCGAGAUAUGAGGAUCAAGUGUGCAAAGUAUAGAAGUAGAGGAGAUAUCAGAGAGUGGAAGCAUCUAUGUUCAGUCAGAUGGAGAACAUCUUGGAUUUCUACCUAGAAAGUUUCAGGUUUUACCCGGUGCCAUUGACAUGAUCAGCUGAUCACAUGCCAAGAGAGUGUAGAAGAAGACACGUACUACAUUCAAUUAUUUUUUUGUUUGUUUAGUCUGUAGAGAGUCUUCUUAUUGGAAGUUUGAUUCAUCGUUUAAACCAAUCAGAGUUCACUAUUCUGUGUGGUCACUAUUAGCUACAAAUAUCAUUUCUUUCCUUUCAUACCAUUCCCACCGUCAACCCCCAGCUACUCGAUGGUGGCCUAUCAUCUUCCCGUUCUAAUUGAAGCAACGGGGGUGAAAUGGAGAUAACAGAAUCCUACUAACGAGGCAAAGGCAUUGUAUUUAAUUAGUUAGGAUAGGAGAGACCCGGUUCGAAGACCGGCAUCGGAGCAUUAUUUUCGUAUUUUAUUAUUGCAAACCGUAUUCCGGUUCUUUAAACCAAGAACUUAAAAACGCAGAGGUUGAGAUCUCAGCUGCGAGGGUAUUGCGCGUUGUGAUACCAAAACAAGAUCCUACUGUUUACGCUUUUCAGGAGUUCAACUAAAGCCCUCCUCUCCUUUGAUUGUUGUUUCAUUUUGGUUUAGGAAUGAUGAGA